AUGUCUGUGCUGCGAGUGAUUCUCUUGCUCCACAUCGGAGUCUUUGGCGGGUUCGGGGGUUUUCAAAGCCUCAGGAGUAAGCCGAAGCCUGGCCUCUCCCGGGUGUGGAAUGGGUCACAGGUCUCCAUGCUGGUCAUGUCUCCAGAAGGCAGGUUGGACAAACCAGACCCAGAGACAUCGGAAGCUGCCACUUAUUUCCUCUACUCUGGCGAUGCCUCCAAGCUGGUGCGAGUGAACUGCACAAGACGGGUAGAGAUCAGAGGCGUGAAUGGAGAUCCAGCCGUGAGCCUCCAUUCGUUGGUUCACGGGGCCAUAGACACAAUGAUACACGCCACCAAUUUCCUCAAUUUAGUCUUUCAGACCAAUGACAUUCGGGAGUCUAGUGUUAAGGAGGAUAUUGAGUGGUACCAUGCCUUAGUGAGGAGCAUCGUUGAAGGAGAUGCCAAGAUCUUCAGGGCGGUGCUGAUUCUCGAUGUACCGACCAUACCUUCCAAAUCCCAGCUGGUGCUCCAGGCAACCAAACAAGAGGAUGAGAUCUACCUGCGGGAGCUCUCCUCCAGCUCGGAUUACCUGGAGAACCAGACUGUGGACAACGAGUGGUUCAAUGAGAUGAAACACCAAAGGACGCCUUAUCUCAACAAGAGGAUCUUAAACAACGACCUGAAAACACUGGAUACCCCGAAGUGGGGCCAAGGGGACAGUUACAUGAUUGAUAAAGGCCAUAUUAAAUGGUCCAGCCCGUUCUUAGAUUGUGAAGAUUAUAAAUUCAUCCCCAAAUGGAUGAUGACCUUGUCUUCUUCAUUCUAUGGACUGAAGCCCGACCUCAGUCCCGAGUUUAAGGGCGUGAUUCGAAUGGAUGUUAAUCUGCAGAGUGUGGAUAUUGACCAGUGUUCAACUGGAGACAGUUGGUUUGCAGAUUCCCAUCAGUGUGAUGUAAACAGCACACAGUGUACUCCACUCAAAGGACAAGGGUUUCAACUGGGAGCCUAUCAGUGUGUCUGUAAGGAAGGAUUUUACAACCCUAAUCUUAUCUCAACCAACAACUUUGGUAGGCAAGAUGAUAAACACAUCUCCUACUUCAGCCGCUAUGCUGUUGGUGAGCCCAGGAGACUGUUUCAGUGUCUACCGUGCAAAGAUGGUUGUGGUUCAUGUGUCAGUGAUGCUCCAUGCUUCACCCAGGUGGAUGGGCACUUAAGACUGGCUGUCCUGUCCUUCCAAGCUUUCUGCAUGUUGUUGGUGUUCAUCAGUAUGGUGGUGGUUUAUCGCUUUAGAAAGAACAAGCAAAUCAGAUCAUCAGGUUUGCUCCUGUUGGAGACCAUACUCGGGGGAUCCAUCCUACUGUAUUUUCCAGUGUUUAUCCUAUAUUUUCAGCCCAGUGUUUUCCGAUGUGUUCUCCUGCGAUGGGUGAGGACCCUGGGAUUUGCCAUCAUCUACGGAACAGUAACGUUGAAGAUUUACAGAGUGCUGAAGGUGUUCCUAUCUCGUACGGCCCAGAGAGUACCCUAUAUGACUUGCUGCAGGGUGCUAAAGAUGUUGGGUGUCAUCGUGCUAACAGUCUGUUGGUUCCUCAUUGCCUGGACAGUGGCUGCCUGGGAAAACAUGGACAGAAAGAUCCCACUGGUCAUCCAGUCACAAACUACAGAUGGACGGUUGUUCAACAUGUGCCAGCUCGAUUGUUGGGACUACAUGAUGGCCACUGCUGAGUUUCUCUUCCUAUGCUGGGGCAGUUAUCUCUGCUACGCUGUGCGAACAGUCCCAUCCACAUACCAUGAGCCUCGCUUUAUGGGCCUCGCCAUCCACAAUGAAAUCCUCAUGUCUGCUGCCUUCUAUGGUGUCAGGUUCACCAUGGCAAUGACUCUUCACCCUGAUUGGAUGCUACUGCUCUUCUUCGCUCAUUCCCACCUUACAGUUACGAUGACUCUGAUUCUGCUCUUCAUUCCCAAGUUCCUCCAUGUGGGAGCACCUGUGAGGGAGGACAUAGUGGCCGAGGUAUAUGAGGACGAGCUUGACAUGCGCUUUUCUGGUUCCUAUCUCAACAGCAGUAUCACGUCUGCCUGGAGCGAUCACAGCCUGGAGCCUGAUGAUAUCAGGGAUGAACUGAAGAAGCUUUAUGCCCAACUGGAAGUGCAUAAGACAAAGAAGAUGACAGCCAAUAACCCACACCUGCAGAAAAAGCGGAGUUCCAGGAGAGCUCUCGGUCGUUCCAUCAUUAAGCGUAUAACUGAAAUCCCUGAGUCAAUGAGCAGACAGUGCAGCAGAGAUGGAUCUAUUGCAGGGAGCAGUUAUGCGGGUUCAUACAGAAAAAAGCUUUAUGAUUCUGCCAGCUCCAGCCUGAAAGUGAAGGAAGACUCCAUAAAGCAUCGUGUUUUCUCAAUAAGAAAAUCUCACAGUACCUAUGACCAUGUCAGGGAGCAUCGGGAUGGUCACAUCAGCAGGGCCGAUUCCGCCAGAGAUCCUUCGCUGUUGGAUUCACUGAUGAGGAAGAAGCUGGCGAAGAAAGCCUCGCAGAGAUCCGACAUUGACUCGUUAGAUGACGCCCCUUUAGUGUACAAGUCUGUUAGUGCACAUAACCUAACCGUGGAUAUGAAUCCAUUAAAUGUCAAGGCAGGCACACUGCAAAAAUCUCUCAGUGUUGUUAGCUGUGCAAGAGAAAAUUCAUUGACGAUCACAAUAAAGCAUGAAGAGAACACAAAACAGGUGGGAGACAGAGUUCAAAAGAAGCCGUCAAUCAAGCAAGCACCAGCCAAGCCACAGCCUUCCACGGCUCCAAUACAGUCGGAAGAGGCAAAUAAAACCACCGAUUCAACCAUGCAGCAGGGAACCAGUGAACCCCCUCAAGAAACAUCAAAGCCACUGUUACAAGACAGCCGCAACAACACUCUGGUUUGUCCCUGGGACUUUCAGGACCUGCAACCUCCACCUUCUGAGACAAAGGAUAACAAAUACACCACCUGUGCCAAACGGAGCAGUGUUGACAACUUACAGUCGCAAGGAAAGCUGCAGGGGAACAGAAAAAGAUUUGCCAAUUUGGUGAGGAAGCAUCGAAGUUUGCUUCAAGAUACCGUUGGUUGUGAUGUGAAGGAGACAUCAAUGGUUCAGUCUGAAACUGCAGUGUCAACCGACGUGAAACAUGGAGCCAAUACAUCACCAAGAUUUGGCAAAUCAGUAGAAUAUUCAAGAAAAGACAGCAUUCAUCCUGCAGCAGUCUCCCCCAAGGCUGAUAAAACACGAUUAUCUACUGAAAAGAUUGAUCAAAUAAAAACGGAUGCCCCUGUAGUUGGAAGCAAGCGGGAAAAAUAUAUGUCACUCAUGAAACAAGCAUCAAGCAUUAGCUCCAUCAUUUGUCCGUGGGAGACAAUGGCAGAUGAUACAUCAUCCAUGGAUUCAAGUGUAGAUCAGAAGAAGGGAAGGUCUUUGUCAGUCUGUGUUGGUUCCCCAGAAUCACUUUUACAUGGAUCAUUGAAAGUUAAAGAUGCAAAUGAUCCAUUGAAUCAACCUAAAGGUUUUGGACAGUCCUUGAAACUCCUAGUGGCACCAGACAAAAUAAAGGAUAGCAAGAAAGAGAAGUCGAGGAAAGUAAAUGAGAAAGUCAAGGGCGGUACAGAAAAAGAAAAGAAAACUGAAGCAGCGAGUUCAUUAGGUAAGUCUGCAGCUAUUUGUCCUUCAGAAACAGUGGAGGCCAAGAACAAGGAAGAAAAAUCACACUCAACUGAUAAGUCAAAAAUGGCAGCUACCUCUCCGCUGCACACAGGAGAUACAGGGAACAAGCGGGAAAAAUAUAUGUCACUCAUGAAACAAGCAUCAAGCAAUAGCUCAAUCAUUUGUCCAUGGGAGACAAUGGCAGAUGAUACAUCAUCCAUGGAUUCAAGUGUAGAUCAGAAGAAGGGAAGGUCUUUGUCGGUCUGUGUUGGUUCCCCAGAAUCACUUUUACAUGGAUCAUUGAAAGUGAAGGAUGCAAAUGACCCAUUGAAGCAACCUAAAGGUUUUGGACAGUCCUUGAAACUCCUAAUGGCACCAGACAAAAUGAAAGAUAGCAAGAAAGAGAAGUUGAGGAAAGUAAGUGAGAAAGUGAAGGGCAGUACAGAAAAGGAAAAGGAGAAGAAAACAGGAGAGACCAAGAACAAGGAAGAAAAAUCGCAGUCAACUGAUAAGCUUAAAGUGGCAGAUACCUCCCCACUGCGCACAGGAGAUACAGGGGACAAGCGGGAAAAAUACAUGUCACUCUUAAAACAGGCAUCAGCAAAUGCUACAAUCAUCUGUCCAUGGGAUGUCAUUUUGGAAGAGACAUUGGGCAUCAAUGCAGAUCAGAAGAAGGGUAGGUCUUUAUCACUUGGUGCUAAUGUCUCAAGAUCACUUGUGCAUGGCAGCUUGAAAGCAAAUGAUGUAAAUUAUUCAUUGCAGCAAUCUAAACAAUUAACACUAUCAUUAAAACUUAUGAUGGCACCAGGAAAGAUGCUCGAUAGAGAGAACAAAGGAGGAAACUCUCUGCCUGUUGAUAAAUCAAAGGUCGCGGAUGUCUGUCCCUGGGAUACAGAGAAUACUGGGAACAAGGAGGAAGCAUCACUGCCUGUUGAUAAAUCAAAGGUCACGGAUGUCUGUCCCUGGGAUAUAGAGAAUACUGGGAACAAGGAGGAAGCAUCACUGCCUGUUGAUAAAUCAAAGGUCACGGAUGUCUGUCCCUGGGAUACAGAGAAUACUGGGAACAAGGAAGCAACACUGCCUGUUGAUAAAUCAAAGGUCACGGAUGUCUGUCCCUGGGAUACAGAGAAUACUGGGAACAAGGAGGAAGCAUCACAUCCUGUUGAUAAAUCAAAGGUCGCGGAUAUCUGUCCCUGGGAUAUAGAGAAUACUGGGAACAAGGAGGAAGCAUCACUGCCUGUUGAUAAAUCAAAGGUCGUGGAUGUCUGUCCCUGGGUUACAGAGAGUACUGGGAACAAGGAGGAAGCAUCACUGCCUGUUGAUAAAUCAAAGGUCGUGGAUGUCUGUCCCUGGGAUACAGAGAAUACUGGGAACAAGGAGGAAGCAUCACAUCCUGUUGAUAAAUCAAAGAUCGAGGAUAUCUGUCCCUGGGAUAUAGAGAAUACUGGGAACAAGGAGGAAGCAUCACUGCCUGUUGAUAAAUCAAAGGUCGUGGAUGUCUGUCCCUGGGAUACAGAGAAUACUGGGAACAAGGAGGAAGCAUCACUGCCUGUUGAUAAAUCAAAGGUCACGGAUAUCUGUCCCUGGGAUGCAGAGAAUACCAGGAACAAGGAGGAAGCAUCACCACCUGUUGAUAAAUCAAAGGUCGCGGAUAUCUGUCCCUGGGAUAUAGAGAAUACUAGGAACAAGGAGGAAGCAUCACUGCCUGUUGAUAAAUCAAAGGUCGCGGAUGUCUGUCCCUGGGAUAUAGAAAAUACUGGGAACAAGGAGGAAGCAUCACUGCCUAUUGAUAAGUCAAAGGUCGCAGAUGUCUGUCCCUGGGAUACAGAGAAUACUGGGAACAAGGAAGCAUCACUGCCUGUUGAUAAAUCAAAGAUCGCGGAUAUCUGUCCCUGGGAUACAGAGAAUACUGGGAACAAGGAGGAAGCAUCACUGCCUGUUGAUAAAUCUAAAGUUCCAGCUAUUUGUCUUUUGGAGACAGAACAUACUGGAAGCAAUGAACAAAAAACACCGUCCAUUGAUAAAUUUAAGCUCAUAGUUACCGGUCCCUGGGAUACAGAAAAUACUGGGAAGGAGGAGGAAUUAUCACCACCUGUUGAUAAACCUAAGGUCACAGAUAUCUGUCCCUGGGAUACAGGAGAUAGUGGGAGCAAAGGAGAAUUACCACUGCCUAUUGAUAAGUCUAAAGUUCCAGAUGUUUAUCUUUGGGAGACAGAACCAUCAGCAACUGGAAGAAUUCAAAUGUGUACAAAAGCUGAAAGUAAUUUAACUCCCUGGGACAUUCAGGCAACAACAAAACAGCCUGAAAAUAAAGAAGCUGAAAGACCAAAAGAUAAAGAAAAUGUUAAUGAUUCCACUGUCAGCUGUCCUAUGCAUUUAGUAUGA